CGUUGGGAGUAAAUUGGAAGCUAAGUUAGUGUCUUUUUGAUCUGUUGUAAGUUUGGUGAGCAAUGAAUCGAAGUUUUAGGGCAAAAGAGUCUCUAUUGCUGGAUUCAGCAGAGAGACAAAGGCAACAGCUUAGGGCUUCUAUGAUGGCUGAGAAAGAUGAAGAGCUUUCUUUGUUUCUUGAGAUGAGACGGCGUGAGAAAGAGCAGGAUAAUCUCCUUCUUAACAAUAACCCUGAUGAGUUUGAAUCUCCAUUAGGUUCAAAGCCUGGAACUUCACCGGUGUUUAACAUCUCUAGUGGUGCUCCACCACCUCGGAAGACAGCUGCUCCUGAUGAUUUUCUUAAUUCUGAAGGCGAUAAAAAUGACUAUGAAUGGCUUCUGACUCCUCCAGGUACUCCUCUAUUUCCAUCCCUGGAGAUGGAAUCACAUAGGACUAUGAUGAGUCAGACUGGUGAUUCAAAGAGUCGCCCGGCUACAUUGACUUCUAGGCUGGCGAAUUCCUCAACAGAGCCUGCUGCAAGGAACCAUCUAACAUCUAGACAACAAACUUCUUCUCCUGGAUUGAGCUCUUCAAGUGGAGCAAGUCGAAGACCUUCAUCGUCUGGAGGACCUGGAUCAAGACCUGCCACACCCACUGGAAGAUCAUCAACACUGACGACAAAUUCAAAAUCCUCAAGGCCUUCAACACCCACUUCGCGAGCCACUGCCUCCUCAACUACUCGACCUUCUUUGACUAAUUCUAGGUCCACAGUAUCUGCAACAACUAAGCCCACUCCUAUGAGUAGGUCAACUAGUUUAUCAUCUAGGCUCACACCGACUGCAUCUAAGCCGACUAUUUCAACUGCUAGAUCUGCUAGUUCAGCAACUAGAUCUACCCCCAGCACCGCCACAAAAUCUGCAGGUCCUUCAAGGUCCACAACACCUCUGUCAAGAUCUACUGCCAGAUCUUCAACACCAACUUCAAGACCCACACUUCCUCCAUCUAAAACCAUAUCAAGGUCAUCUACACCAACUCGCCGUCCAAUUGCUUCUGCAAGUGCUACAACUACUACAGCAAAGCCCACAAUAUCCCAAAUCAAGCCUUCUUCUCCAGCGCCAGCAAAGCCUAUGCCAACACCAUCUAAGAACCCUGCUUUAUCUCGUGCAGCAUCUCCUACAGUGAGGUCAAGACCAUGGAAGCCAUCAGACAUGCCUGGUUUCUCAUUAGAAACUCCUCCAAAUCUAAGGACAACAUUACCCGAAAGGCCACUUUCAGCGACAAGAGGCAGACCUGGAGCUCCAAGCCCUCGUUCUGGUUCAGUUGAGCCAGGGGGUCCUCCAGGAGGAAGACCAAGAAGGCAAUCAUGUUCACCAUCAAGAGGAAGAGCACCAAUGUACUCUAGUGGUAGCUCUGUUCCUGCGGUUAAUCGUGGAUAUUCCAAAGCCAGUGACAAUGUUAGCCCGGUGAUGAUGGGAACAAAAAUGGUGGAGAGAGUAAUAAACAUGCGGAAACUUGCUCCUCCCAGAUCAGAUGACAAGGGUUCUCCUCAUGGUAACUUGUCUGCAAAGUCUUCAUCACCAGACAGUGCAGGAUUUGGAAGAACGCUCUCCAAGAAGUCCCUUGAUAUGGCAAUAAGGCAUAUGGACAUACGUAGAACUAUUCCAGGGAAUCUGAGACCACUAAUGACGAACAUUCCAGCAUCAUCAAUGUACAGUGUGAGGUCUGGACAUACACGUGGUAGACCGAUGAAUGUUUCAGAUUCUUCUCCUCUGGCAACAAGCAGCAACGCAAGCUCAGAGAUCAGUGUCUGCAACAACAAUGGCAUUUGCUUAGAGGCAAGUGAAAAGGAAGACGACGCAGGCAGCGAGAGAGGUUGCAGGUCCCCUGCAAGCUUACAAGGGAGAUGAAGGAAGAAAGAAAAGAAAAGCCUUUUGUAAAACGUUCACCUUUGAGAAUCUCUUUUCUUUAUUGUUUGUGAGUUUUUAUUAAUCACACGAGUUUGAUAAUGAUGAUAUGUGAAGUAGCGUUUUGACGUUUUAUGUAAACCUCUCCACUCUCGUCUCUACGUUUUAACCCUAAAUUGGAUGAUCCUUUAACAGAUUGGUUGAAGAUAUUAACCACUUUUCAAUGGUAACUCACUGAAUUCAAACAUAAAAAGUUAUCAUUCCA